AUGGCCUCGUCUAUGGCUCCCGGAUUGCCCCGCCAGCCUGACCAGGCCCAGCAAAAGGUUUACAAUGAAUCUUCACUUUUCAUUUUUUACAAGGCCUUUUGCCAAUUCCUUAAUAUUGACUCUGCGUAUGCCGAAGCACCCAAAAGACGCGUCCAAUCCGGUCGUGCUCAACAAAAACUUCGCCGACUAUCCGCUCAACAAUUCCACGAGCUAUCAACAGAUGUCCAUGACGAACUUCUUCGCAGAAUCGCAUUCCAUAAUUCUGAAAUUGCUGCAGGCGGACCUAAUGGUGCUCCCGAGACAACUUUCCUGCAGCCUAAAGACACUUUCCACCCUAAGCGUAACCAGGCCCGUCAAAAACUCUCUUUGCUCUCAUCAGCUCGUUUCAGCGACCUUGCCUUUGAUAUUCUCUUUGAAAUUGAGCGAAGAUUAGGCAAACACCCUGUUUCUCCAAAUACUUCUGAUAAUGGUGUUGCUUUUCCCAGCGCGUCUUCUACUGGCUCCGGUAUUAUUGCUCCCCCUUCUAUUGGAACUGCGUCAAUGGGCCCACCUACAACUGACCAACAACACCAGCAACAACAGCAACAACGUCUGCAGCAUCUUUCAAUGGCCUCCUCUACUUCUUCUUCAGCCUCUUCUCAGUUCCCAAUGAGCCCUCCUGCACGUAACUUAACUUCUGCAACCCCAUCUUUAUCACCACUGGGACCGACUUCCCCAUCGACUUACCCACCAGCAACCCCUUCAACGCCAGGAGUCUUGGGCUUUUGGGGCCCUUCUGAAACUGAAUCGCCAAUUUCCCCAGUUCUCCCUGGAAAUACAUCAGCUGUCACCUCCUCUGGUGUAGGUAGUGCAGGCCCUGAUGUUUCUUCUGCAGCUAACUCUGCAGCUAAUGCAACAGGUACUCCUAAUAUAGCUACAUCAGUUAAUACUCCCACAACGGUACCUCCGCAUAAUUUGGGCCAUCAUGAAAUUCGAAAAGAGCAUUCACUUACGGAUCUUAAACACCCUGACAUGGACGCGAAUAUGCCAAAUGCUCGCCACAUUACACCAGCUCCAAAACCUCAGACUUUGGUAACCACCGUGCCUACAACAAAAACAAUCACACCCCAAAAAUCAACGCUUAUUGAGUCGGAUUCAGAAGAAGAUGAAGACGAAGAUGAUGAAGAACAAAAAGUGAAUAACAAUAAAGAUGAAUCUUCAAGUGCAUUUGUCUCAUCUAUCGAACCUCCAACUUCUUUCAGUCCUCAAGAUGAUCCUUACAGAAAUGUCCCUACUACAGCUGUUAUAACUACUACCACCAGCGAAAAUGGUCUUGUUGCUACUACUGAUGGUGAUUCUACCAAUAUUGGUGGGGGUCACACAACUGAAGACGAGUAUAGCGAAGUCGACAGUCAUGGCAAUGGCGAUGAUGACGACAACAACCCGAACAAUAACAUGUAUCAUCAUCAUACUGGCCAACCUGAUGUUGUUGCAGCUGCCACAAAGGCUUGGACAAGUAAGAAUAGUAGUACUGCUGACUUGGGCAGUUUACGUGGUCUCUCUUCAUCAACAAUUGGACCCACGGAAACGGCCAUCACGAAUGUCGAUGACCCCAGCGACUUGGAAAUGUCUCCCCAGGUUAAUGAUAAUACAACUCCAACUUCCAAUGCGUCUUCUCCUCCAAUUGGAAAGCCACAGCAGCAACAAAUUCAACAGCUUCAGCAACAGUACAUUCAGCAGCAGCAGCAACAACAACCACAACAACAGCAACAACAGUAUUUUCAACAACAACAACAACAAUACAUUGAACAGCAACAGCAACAAUACCAACAAUAUCAACCACCAUCGGGAUUCUACGAAAGCGAUGUGGAUUUGCAACGAAGUUUACCCCUUCAAUCUAUUGAGGAAGAACACUCUCCUUAUAUCCCUCCGGGCCUUUUUUCCAGCUCUACCAACGUCUCUAGUGACCGCCGUCGUUCUCUCUCAGAACAGAUUUCAUCAAGCAUUGGUGCUGGUGUCCGAUCGCGUUCUGCUUCUAAACAAGAUCUAGAACUCUCCUCUAACUCUAAAUAUGAUGCAGAAAUCCAAAAUCUUAAGGGUCAGCUUGAACGAGUGACAGCCGAGUCGAGCAAGCUCACGGAACAAAUCAAAGACCGUGAUGAACAAAUUCAAAUGCUUGUUGAGGAAGGCUCACGGAUGGACGAAACUAUCACAGGACUCGAGGCUACCAAAACAUCUCUUGUUGAAGAAAAUGGGCGUUUACACCAGGCUCUAGGAAUUUUGGAAGAAAACAAAACUAAAUUUGCCCUGGAACUGGAAGAAACUCAGCGCCAACUAACAACUGCAAACGAAAACCAUGUUGUUGAGCUUGAAGACAAACAGCGAGAGUUCGCCAGCCUAGAGAUUCAGCACCAGAAACUUAAGGAAAAGCAUACUGAAACCAUGUCGAAGCAAAGCGAAUUUGCUGGCAGCUCUGCAUCACUAAGCAGUCAAAUUAUGCUGCUCGAGGGCCAGCGCUUGCAGCUCGAAAGUACAAUCACUAGUCUCCGUGAGCAGCUCGAAGCCGCACGUGCAGAACUUGCACAGCGAGACGCAAAGAUAAAGGAGCUCUCGGAGGCCAGCAAUAACGCACGAAACCUGCAGCCAGCCGCAUCUAUUGGUGAUUCCAACGACGAAAAAUAUCUUACUGUAGUCAAAGAAAACCAAUCGCUUAAGCAGCAAUACGACCAGUUACAAUCUGAGCUGGAGCAACAGCAAGUAGUAACAGAACAAGUCCGCCGUGAGGCUUCGGCUUUUUUGGAAGAAAUGCGUACUCUGGCUGAAAGCGAGGGCUCUUGGGCUUCUUCCGAAAAACACGCCAGAGAAGCAGAAGCUCUCAGGAAAGAGGUGGCCGAGUGGAAGGCCCGGUACUCAAAGGCCAAGUCUCAAGUUCGCAACUUGCGUGCUUCCACCUACGGAGCUCCAAGCAAGGCUACUGCAUUCCCCCACCAGCAAGUCGCCAUGGGGUCUGUCGACUCGUCAUAUGUAUCUCCCACUGGCCGUAUCCUGGAUGUCAAUGUAACCAAGUUCCAAGUAGCCAUGGACGAUUUUUUGCUAAAGACGCGUACUACACCACCCAAGCAACUCAUGGAUCACUUGCAUAACUUAGUGCAAGCAACUCGUCUUAUCACUCAAGAUGUGACGACCAGCGAAACUGGCGAAAAACAGUCCAAGAUCCGUAAUGGUUCCAGUAGUGACGGAUUACAAGCGGAAAUUGCUCAGGCCACAUCAGUAGUAUCAGCCACGGCCACCCAUUUAAUCACCGCUACUCGCAACCACUCUGUGGCCGGCGGUUUAUCUCCCAUCUUUCUUCUGGACUCUGCAGCUACAGAUUUAUCUGCUGCUGUAAUUGACUUAAUUCGGUUGGCUAAGGUACGGCCUGCUGGAUUAAGCAGCCCGGUGCCAUCUUCAGGUUCCGUGGAAAUAGUUUCUGAAGAGGCACCCAAAACACGAAGCACCCAUACGAGAACACACAGUAGAACACAUAGCAGAACGCAUAGCCGAACACAAAGUGUGAGCAGCAGUGGUGGUGUUGGAACCGCACUUAAUACACCUGUGAUUCCAAGCUCGGCAAGUAAUUAUAAUGGGUCACCAUCGUCGAUAGGUACGCCUGGGUCUGCAAACUAUAUUCGGUCUACGUCUCAAAACUCCCAGUUUUUACAGUCACAAUCAACACAAACACAAAUACAUCAACAUCAGAAAUCUAUUAGCAGUAGUAGUGGUAGCAGCAGUGGUACACACCACCGGCGCCAAUCUUCUGCUGCUGCAGCUGUACCACCUGUCGCAAACGGGAUUUCAACUUCUGCCAAGCACGGGACACCGGAGUUUGACUACACCGUCUCGGAAAUUUCGCCAAUAAAGACCAGAGACCACGUGGCUGCCGCACAAAACGUCUCGACUUCUGUGUCUCCAGUUAUCGGGGGUAUACCCAAGCAGCCACAGCAGCAGACUCAACAGUUACAGCCACAAGAGCAGACUCAGCAGACUCAGCAGCCACAGCUUCAGCCACAGGAGCAGACUCAGCAGCCACAGCUUCAGCCACAGGAGCAGACUCAGCAGCCUCAAUCGCUACAGUUUCAGCAGCAAUUUCAGCAGCAACAGCAGCAGCAACAGCAUCAGCUUCAGCAACAGCAACAGCAACAGCAGCAACAGCAACAGCAACAACAACAACAACCCCAUCAUCACCAUCACCAGCCACCACAAUUGCCACAAUAUGCGGCCAUUAGCCGAAGCACGACCAUGGUUGACCCUGAAAAGAAAACAGUUGGCGAGUUACAAGAAUACCUUGAAACCCAAACAGCUUCUGUGAUUGAUUCAAUUCAGCAACUAUUGACAGGAAUCAAGGGCCAUGCAAAUUAUUCCGAAGUGAGAGCUUUGAUUGGGAUGACCAUUGCUACAGUGCAGCCUGUCAUUGAUGCGACAAGUCGGUCUAUGACACAGACACGCAAUUGGCGACUAAAAGACCUGGGCAAGUACAUUGUGGACUCACUUGAAAGCUGUUGUGAGCGAAUGGAUGCUCUGGCAAAUGACGCCGCUGCUGCAUCUAUAGGUGAUGGUGAGGACAUUACAGUUGCAGUGCCAGAUAAGCACUUUAAGCAGCGUCUUGCGGGGAUUUCAUUUGAUAUGGCGCGGUGCACCAAGGAACUUGUCAAGACGGUAGAGGAAGUUUCACUCAAGUACGAAAUUACAGAGCUGGAUCAGGAGAUUGAGAAGGUGAAGUAA